AUGAGAGUACAAGCUAUCUAAAAAGUUAUUUAUAACACAACAAGAGAUCUAAAACACGCUGUCCCACCACACAGUCCUCUUUACCCUCUGAGACUCUCCAUCACCUUCCUGUUAGUGAAUUGAGGACUGGUCAUCUUUAUUUUCCAUCAUCCAAACUCAUCUUCUGUUUGGAUUUGCUGCUGCACACCUGAACAUUCACUAAAAUGUCAGACAACGAGGAAGUGGUGGAGGAGUAUGAAGAGGAGGUGGAAGAGGACGAAGCGGCUGAAGAGCCCCCUCAGGAUGAAGACAAACCUGCUGCAGAGGAAGAGGAGGAGGCCAACGAUGAGGAAGAUGCAGAAGGGGAGGCAGAGGAGGGAGAAGAAGAAGAAGCCAAGCCAAAAUUCAAGCCAUUUAUCAUGCCCAACCUCAUUCCCCCCAAGAUCCCAGAUGGUGAGAAAGUGGAUUUUGACGAUAUACAUCGUAAGAGGAUGGAGAAGGACCUGCAGGAGCUCCAGACUUUAAUCGAGGUUCACUUUGAAAGCAGAAAGAAGGAAGAAGAUGAGCUGAUUCAACUCAAGGACAGAAUUGAGAAGCGCCGUUCAGAGCGAGCAGAGCAGCAAAGAAUCCGCAGUGAGAGAGAGAAGGAGCGACAGAAGCGUCUGGAGGAGGAAAGAACUCGGAAGGAGGAGGAGGAGGCCAAGAAGAGAGCAGAGGAUGACGCUAAGAAAAAGAAAACCCUGACCAGCCUCCACUUCGGAGGGUACAUGCAGAAGUUGACAGAAAAACGCAGCGGUAAGAGGCAGACUGAAAGAGAGAAGAAGAAGAAGAUACUAAGUGAAAGACGCAAACCUUUGGACAUUGACAACUUGAGCCAGGAUAGACUUAAAGACAAAGCGAAGGAGCUGUGGGACUGGAUGCACGAGCUGGAGGCUGAGAAGUUUGAGCUGCAGUACCAGUUUACCAGACAGAAAUAUGAGAUUAAUGUGCUGCGGAAUCGUGUCAGUGAUCAUCAAAAAACAUCCAAGAGGAGCAAGAGAGGCCUGAGGAAAUAGAUGCUACGUCACAUGUGCAGUCUGUUAAAGCUUCAAACCAAACCACACCCAGUCCCACCUCUUCACCACCCAUUUCCCUCAAAUUCCCAUCCUAUCAAUUAAAAG